AUGACAGAUAGUGGCUUAGCCACUUCAUCCACCAGUUCCCUCAAGAAUGUGUCAGCCCUGGGUCCAUAUAACCCUUACAUUCUUAAUACUGAGAAAAUAAUUUCAGAUUUCAAGAUUCUGAUUUCUGAGUUGGAGCAUUCCACAAAGACAUCUGCUGAAGUGCUCUCCAUCUGUGAGGAGGAUAUCACCAGUUUGCAUCAACAGCUAUAAGAAACCAACAAAGAACUCACACAGACCAACAAGAACAGAGUAUCAUUAGCUCAGGAGAAUGACAGGUUACAGGAGCAUCUCUCUAAUAUUAAGCAAGAAAUUCAGGUACUACAUAAAAAACUAGCAAAGUACCAAAACAAGCUUGAUUAUAUGAAGUUGAAGGCCCAGGAUUCAAACACAGAUACUGUCAGGCUGAAGAAUGUACUGAACUUUAUGUGUUAGGAGAGAAAGAACUGUGAGCUCUUGGAGAAUUACCACAAGGCCUGUGAACAAAGAGAAAGUUGGGAAGCAAAAUGCCGUCAAGCAGAAGCAGGCUUUUCCUCUGUUAGACUGGCACUGAUCAGGUUGAAAGAGAAAAUAGAGUCCCUUGGAACACAGAUGGAGCAACAUUUGCCAACAGAAGCAGCAUACAAGUCUCAUAUUUCUGUGUUAAGCAAGUCUCUUCUGAAAAUGGAUAGAGAGCUUCAAAAUAUACAUGGGAGAGUCCCUAUACUUGCAAAUCUCACAUCUAUACAAAAACUUUACAUUAAAUUAGGGAGUCAACGAUUAAAUUAGCAUUUAACUUCCACAGCAGAAAAAGUAGAAAGGCUGCAGAGUAAGUGUGAGUCAUCCCAUUCUGAAACAGAGCUGCUGAGAAAACAAGUGGGAAAUGAAAGAGCAUCUAUGAAAAACCUGGAAUCUUUGCUUGUGUCCAAUUGUGAGAAAGAAUUUCAGUCACAGACAGCAAAGCAAGAGAAAGACUCUGAAAUUCAGUUUCUCAAGGAACAGCUUGCUUUAAAGAAAAAUCAUCUUGCUGUGCAGAGUCGAGAUUUUACUCACCUCAGAAAUAGAGCAGCUGAGCUUGAGGCAGAACUGGAUAUCACCAAAAGACUGCUGGAGACUGAAUGCUUUGAAAGGCAAGUAUAUGUUUUUAAGCUUCAAUGCCAGAAUUGUACAAAUUUGUAUCAUUUAAGCUCUACAUUAAGAACAUCAUCACCUGAACAUUCCCAUCCUCAAUCUCCUCAUCGGUCUCUGGAAGGGUAGGUGGUUCCACAAUAUUUAAGUUCCAAACACUGGGGAUGGAAAUAAAAAUAAAAGCAUAAACUCUGAUAUUUCUUAUUGAAAUAUUGACUGAAUUCCAUGGAAUUACAUUUAUGCAAGAAAAGUUACAAGAAGA